CUGUAACUUCUGCAUUCGAACAUGGUAGUCAUGUGUGAUUACAAUACAUUUAAAUAUUUUAAUAAUUGUUUGACGCGAUACACCUCUUUCUUGUGUUUCUUGAAGGUAUGACAGUGUUCUUCCUGAUGACAAAUGACUGGCAAUAUUCCCAGAUGGGUCACACCUAGAUCAGUGACGAAUUUCUUAAUAAAACACAACCAAAGGAUGUAUUCAAGUAUAUCCAGUUUGUUUACUUGUUGUCCUGUCCACACCAUGCCACCACCCCCGAGUUUGAGUGGACCGUCCUUGUGGGUUGGCCUCAGGUAUUGUGAGUCAGACAUGUAGACAUUACACCGAGGGGGAGUUUGAACUGUUGCCAGCUUUGUCCAUACAGGCGUUCUAUAAUUAGGCAGGCCUCUUUGUGUGCCCCCUGUCACCAGUCAGGGCUUACUCACAGAGGGUAGAUAUUCCUCAACACUGGCUCAUGACAACACACAAGCACCAACAGGAUUCCUGUACUGGAAUAUACUGAUUCCCAGCCAUGACGGCACCUAACAUGUACUUAAUUAAGUAUACGAAUUCCCCUCCACUGCUGAUGAUGGGCGACCUGAUCCGCUACUUCGAGAGUCAGAGGCUCUCAUUGGACAGAUAUGAUCACAUGGGCUCCACUUCCACCAAUUCCAGCGAUGACUUUGUCUCCUGCAUCAAGUUCAAUGGCAUCCCAAUCUUGCCUCCUGUUAUGACAGUCAAACGGAAGGAGGAGAUGAUGACCUUGAAACGCCAAGCCAAGUUCACCGAGAAGAGAAUCAAAUCUCGUCAACGAAGUCGACUUAUGGCCAGGGCACAGAAUAUUGUCAAUGAUACACAGCCAACAGAUACGAGUGACCUGGACACAUUAUCAUCCAACUUUUCCCACUCGGCUGAUGAUCAGAGCAUGGUGAGGGACCCUGGUUAUCGUCCACACAUACCCCCGGGGACACUGACCUCUCACCCCAGCACCUUGUGUAGCACUGGACAGGAUCACACGCCACUGCAGACGCUCACCAACGCUGCAAUGACCUUUGCCACCAUGGAUCCUCAGCACUACCCAGGGGAUGAUCCCGGGUUGAUGACGUUAGACUCUUUGUCAUCAGACUUGGCCUCUUUGGAGGAUUUUUCCUUGCCUACAGAUUUCAGUGGAAUCCCCCUGACCUCCGUAAAACAGCAACAGAUAUCACAGACUUUAGCUAGGCUUUCGAAAGCUCUGAAUAUGAAAGAGAGUCAGAGUUUAAAUUCGACAAGCAGUAGUGAAUUGAGCGAGGUUGGACAAGCGGCCUUGAAACUUUCCCUCGGUUCUCCUCAGCCUUCUGUGGCCAGGUUCUACAACCCAGCCAACUACAGCCAGAACAAUUCGGAGACAUCCAGUGUGUUCCAUGAUAGCCAGGACACAAUUGUGGAGGUGUCACAAGAUGCUAAUUCCACGUCUGGAUUUGUGAGCAAUGUCAACUCGGAUGUUCAGACUGAUUGUAGUGGACACUCUCCCAAUGACUCUGCCAGCACCGCCAACACCAGUCACAGUUCGGCCAAUUGCUCUGUCAGUACGGUUGAUAGUCAGAAAAGUAACAAAAGUAGUCCCAAGUCAUUGAAGAACACUGUACAUUUUGCCAACUUUGUUACUGAAAUAACGAGACAGUCCGUGGAAGAUAAUAUAACUCUGAGGAAGCUAGAGGAGACACCAACUAACAGCCCAAGAGGCCCGAGUCCCGAGAAACAGAGAACCACAGAACCAUCAGCAAUAACUGAGGCCAGAGAAUCUGAUGUCCACCCAAUGUCUGAAGCAUUACAUUUAAGGCAGAAUGGAAGUAUGUUGAGUCGGGUUGAGUUCAGUCCUGAUGGGGAAUCUACUCCAUCUCCACUAGGAGAUCCAAGUGUUCCUUUCCAAGGGUAUUCACAGGAUGGGGAAGUAUCGUCCUCCGACAAGGAGAAUGAACAGAGGCCUGUGUCAAGGAGAGGCACCCACCACAGUGCGUACGUUGCUUCAACAGAGUCCUAUACAUCUGUUGGGUCCAGUGACAGGGUAGAGUCAAGCCAAGGAUCUGUCAGGUCCAGUGGCAGAGUCGAUUCAAGCCAAGCAUCAGUCAGGUCCAGUGGCAGAGUCGAUUCAAGCCAAGCAUCAGUCGGGUCCAGUGGCAGAGUCGAUUCAAGCCAAGCAUCAGUCAGGUCCAGUGACAAAGUAGAGUCAAGCCAAGCAUCAGUCAGGUCCAGUGACAGGGUAGAGUCAAGCCAAGCAUCAGUCAGGUCCAGUGGCAGAGUCGAUUCAAGCCAAGCAUCAGGUAGCUCCCACAGCAUCCAGCCUAGUGUCACUGACUCCUACUUAUCAUGUCAGUCAGAUAAUAACCUCAGUGAUAGUCAAGCAUCCAGUAUUAAGCAGAGUGUUUCUGAGUCACAAGCCUCUGUCAAGUCCAACUUUACCAGCGGGACAUCUGAAUCCGAGAGUAGCACCCUCAGGAAUGACAACAUGACUGUGUCAAAAGAUGGCAGCUGUUUUUCUGGUCCUUUACCUAUUAAUUCAGCUAGUUCAGACAUAGGGCAUUUCAUUAGAAACAUUAUUGGGAGUGAUGCUCCACGAGUUGAUGUAAGUCACGGGGAACAGGAACAUUCAUCUUUUAACCAGAAAUCAGAACCAAAUGAAGUGGAGAACAAAGUAUUCAAGAAAGGACAUGUUCGGAAGGGUUCCUAUACACUGAGCGAGCCUUCUCCAGUAUUGCUGCGCUCGCAUGGACUCACUGUACAAGCUAGGAAAACCCCUCCAAACCAGGUAAUGAAUGUGCCUCCAGAUGCAGAGGAGAGUGCAAGCAAACCAUUACAGAGGCAGCUGGACUAUGAAGAAGUUGAAGAGGAGAUCAAACCAAUCAAUAUUCCAAUGCCACCAGGUCCAGAAGCUGAUGCUAAAGUCGACCACAUCAAUAGAUACCUGUCCCAUGUUCAAAGACAAAAUUUGACACAAGGACUUUUUCCAGCAACUUCUGCAGGUGAACCUCAAAUAGGUUGCGAUGGGAUGUUGAAUGACAAGGUACUGGACAGUGUGAGUAUUGUCCAGUCCCUCAUAGAAAGCAUGGAGUCCAUGCCGGAUGCUGACCCCGAGAGCAUCCUGAAGCUCCACUCAAGCAGGAUGGAGAUGUUCCGCCAACAGAUGAUAUCGCAGCAGCGGCAGGAGCUGGAGGAGUUGUUUGUGCAGCAGCGUCGGGAGCAGCUGCUGCUGCAGGAGGAGGUGGAGGCCCACCAACAACGGCUGAGGGAACAGCAGGACUUCCUGGCUGAGAAUGCUCCUGAAAUGAUAAAGAAGGGGAAGAUGCUGAGCCAGAGCAGUGAGGACUUAGAUCAGACUGAGAUCAAGGUGCAGAAUGUCUCUCAUCACAGGUCACAUCCGUCACUGAGUCAUAAUGACAGCAUGAAUUCACUCAACAGGAGUACGACUAAACAAGCUCUGUUUACCAAGAGAGAAGCAUCAAGUCCCAAAGUGUACAGACCUGUUCUUCGAUCACCGAUGAAGUUGGCGCCUUUUCCACGCAGAGUGGGGCCUGUGGUUGUCCCGGAUGAGGCUUUCGCUCCACACAUGAAGCCCAAGUUUGAUCGAAUCUGUGCUGUUGCCAAGGGUUUUCUGACUCGUCGACUCUUGCAGUCCGAGAAGGUGCAGGAACUUCUAGUCACUAUCAAGGAUACAAGGGACUUCGCCUUUUCAUUUUCAUCUGAGACACCGAUCAAAAGAGGAAACUUCUCCAACCAGGACCGAGACUUACUGGAGAGAAUCAUCGCACAGCUGCAGGCAGCUCUACUGGACAUACAUGAAAUAUUUUUUGAGAUCCCAAUGGCAGAGAGAAUGUCUUUGAUUGCCCACACCAGAGAAUUACGAGAUGAAAAGAGAACCAAGGCAAGUGGGGGAAGUGUCCGGGCCUCCCAACGCAGGAUCAGUACUGCUACACUCAAGGCUAUGGAGAGGAAGAGGAAAGCCCAAGAAGCAGAGGUGUCUGUGUUCGGUGCUGUCCCUGCCCGCCCGCGAACAGCGCCACCUACAACUAGCAGUCCGCGAGCUCACGCAACUGAUCUGAGUGGUCCUCUAAGACGCCACUACCACUUUCUCUUCUCCAGAGCUUUAAGGCCACUGCAGGGACAAAUCUCACCCAUCAGGUCAGAGGGAAACUCACCAAGAAAUGAAAAAGAACGACCAAAGACAGCGCCAGAGAAAUCAGAUAAGACAAGAAGACAGUCUGUAUCCAAAUCCACAGUGGCUUCAACCAGCACAGGCAAGCCAAACAAACCUCAACCUACAGCUAAGGUGAAUGUGGCGGCCAAGACCAAGAAGAAGCCAGACAAGGCAUGGAGAUAACAGGCACAUGUAUUGCCAAAUCUACUUCUCAAUCACCACACAGCAUUGAGCGGCAUUCGUUCUCUCACCAGUCUUGUCACUUAGGAAUAAGAACUGGGCCCUGUUCCACAAAGCAAUCUUAGCGCUAAGAUGAUCGUAGCUCCCAUACCUUAACAUAGGCUUACGACAUUCUUAGCGCUAAGAUCGCUUUGUGGAACAGGAGUCUGAUGUGCAUUCACCUAGUCCUUGUGGGAUACUUGGGUAUCGCUUGGAGCGUUGGGUAGCCUCGGUGUUAGAGCAUUUGCUAGUCACACCAAAGGCAUGGGUUCAAUUGCACAUGUGGCUGCAAUGUGUGAAACCCAUUUCUGGGGUCCCCAUUUUGAUACAAUCUCAUUAAAAUCAGAUCUUAGUUCUCGCUACCGCUAAACAAAGAUCUGAGGACAU